AAGUUAAGAAGAAUUAACUUCUGUGGUAAUAUAACCUCAUACGGUAAUGUUGUGUCCUCACAUGUUAAUGGUUAAUGUUUGCUUCAAAGUUGGAAGAAUUAACACAUUUAAAUUUUAAAAAGUGCUCUCUUUAGUGUUUUAGACAGAACGUAAUUUUUGGAUUUGCACAUUUGUUCAAGCUUAACAGCAUCUUAGCAAACUGUCUUGUAAAAUAAUGCCCACCUUAUUUUUUGGCUCAUUAAAAUUGCAAUUAUGUUUAUUGUGUUUUACUCUUUAAAACCCAUUGAAUCAGUUCAGAAAAGUUGGAGCAAAAGGAGUCCAACGUUCCAACGUUAAAAAGACAAAUUCACACCAGAUGUGACUGUAAAGGUGAGAAAAGGUAAAUCUGCUGCUGGAUGUAAGAUAGCAAGUUGCUGUGAUUUAAGUUUUGACAACAGACAUUUCUAUAAACUAUUUCUGCUUUCCAUUUUUUUUUUUCUUUUUUUACCGAAACCAGAAAAAAUAGUUAUGAUGGGAGGUUGUUGAUUGGAUGAUGACAUUUGUCCAUCAUUUGACUUGAAACUAUAGUGGAUAAUCAUCAAAUCAGCGAUGUCCCACAGUACCUAGUUUAAACAUUUUUUUUUGCAUGAAACAAUGCAAUAAGGUAAUAUCAUCAAACAAAUUAAAACAAAAAAUGCAAUUUCAACAAAUGCAAUUUUUAAAAAGGUUAAUUAAACUAAAAAAAACUCUGUAACUAAUUACUUUUUUGUGUGAUGUUUAUGUUCUAUACACUAAGGUCUGUAUAUAUUUUUUAUUUUUCCCCCCUUGGCAUUCACACUUUAGUUGUACAUGUUGCUGUAUUUGUUGUUUAUAAAUAGAGUUAAAAAAAAGUCCCAUAGUACCUACCUUUUCCAGUAUCUCAUUAUAGUUUGUUUGUCUAAUCUUUUUUUUUUGUUUGUUUUCUAGAAAUUACUGGAAUUUCUGGAAUUCCGUUUUGUUUUCUAAAAUGUAACAAUGUUUUUUUUCUUUAAUAUUUGUUUUGCUUUUUAAAUUCUUGUUGUCUUCUUUUACAUUUUUUUGCUUUAAGUGUUUUGUUGAUGUGAUUUGCACUUUAGGGUCACUGUAGAAAACUUCAUCAAUAUUUAAAUACAAUAAGCAAAAACCCUUAUUUAACGGGAGACCAGCCCAAAAGAAAAUCAACAAACACUGAAACCAAUCAACUAAAUGCAUCUCAGGUCACAUUUGUUUUAUAGUUGAUUGAAAAACUUCAGUUUUCAAUGUGUGAUGAAAGUCUUUUUUUUUUACUAACCACAAGAAAAGAGUUUUGGGAAGGAACGAUUUUGAGUGUUAAAAUGUUAACAGUGAAGUGAAAAAGAAGCACUGCUGCAUGAACAAGUCGAUCCAUCUUCCUCCAGAGAGGGAGCUUUCUGCAGAGUGCAUGUACAGAUAGAGGCUGUCUAUCCCCGUGAUAUUCUGUCCAAUGCUGAACAAAAGAGAUUUAAAGUGUUCGUAUAGUCAGCACAUUACACCCCAUGGCUCAACGGCUUACUGUGUGCACCAAGAAUUAGAGGAGAAAAAAAACACUGAAGCAAAAGACAAAAAUAACAUAUUUGAAGAAUUUUGGUUUUGAAAUGGACAAAAAGAAUUUAAAAUCAGAAACUUAGAAGCCCAGACAGUGAGAGAUGCCCACAGCAAACUGUGCUUUGGUGUGUAAGUUGGCAGCAAGCAAACUUUCUGCUGAUCACAGUGACUGUCCUCUGUCAGCCACAAUGGUGGAGGGACAAUGCCGCGUUCAGCUGAGUCAGCACGACUCUCCAACAGACAGAGUGACCUUUGACCCAUCACCGGGCUCCAAACAGCUCACAGCCAAUAGGAUGGGAUAAUUUCACACCUAUGGACUCGAUGUGAAUGUAUAUAUAUAUGUCCACAGACGAGGCCUGCGUCCAGCUCUCUCUCCAAAGAUCCGCUCGUUUCAGCCUUCAGUUGUAACUAUCUCAUCAUGUCCCACUCAGGUGUUCAGGGUAGUAUUGGCAGCCACCCCGCCAUAGGGCUGCACAAUUAUAAGAUAUACCUCUAUGAAUACGAGAACUUUCAGGGCCGUCGGAUGGAUCUGUUUGGAGAAUGUCGUAACCUGUGUGAGAAAGGUUUCGAUAGGAUUGGCUCCAUCAGAGUAGAGUGUGGACCCUGGGUGGGCUACGAGCAGCAAAACAUGACAGGUGAGAUGUUCAUGCUGGAGAAGGGAGAGUAUCCACGCUGGGACACCUGGUCCAACAGCUACAGGUGUGACCGCAUGAUGUCACUCAGGCCUGUGCAGAUGGACCCCCAGGAUCACAAGAUUUGCUUGUUUGAGUGUGCGAACUUUGAUGGUCGCAAGAUGGAAGUGUGCGACGAGGAUAUUCCGAGCCUGUGGUCGUACGGGUUCCAGGAUCGAGUCGCCAGCAUUCAGGUCACCGGAGGAACCUGGGUGGGCUACCAGUAUCCCGGCUAUCGUGGCUACCAGUACAUAUUUGAAAUGGGCCCUUACAAGCACUGGAAUGACUGGGGAGCCCACCACCCCCAGAUCCAGUCCAUCCGCAGGGUCAGAGACAUGCAGACGCACCGCCGGGGGUGCUUUGAGCUGACCGUGUAG